CCUCGCACAUAGGGUUGUGGAUCCGGUGCAACGCCGCCGCCCAACCCGCAACAUCGAAUUGGAACGGGGCGGUUCAUCGCGGCGACGUUGACAAGUCCGCCGUUCUUCGUGAAUCCUUUUGGUCCCUUGCAAACCCUAGCUGGGUAUCCGCCGCUUUCUAUUCGGUGAGAUAGACUUCGGAGUGGGGUGGAAGAAUAUAUUCUUGUGGCGCUCGAUUGAGAGAAUUUUGGUUUGUUUUUGAAUUGGCGUCGGAGAUCGGCCGAUCGCGGCCCUAUCUGCCUUCUUGCUGCUCCUCUGGUGGGCUGAUUGCUCCCUUUGGUGGCGACUCUUGGAUCGAUGGAUUUGGUUACCAGUUGCAGGGAUAAGUUGGCAUACUUCAGAAUAAAAGAGCUUAAGGAUGUGCUGACUCAACUAGGUCUUGCAAAGCAAGGAAAGAAGCAGGACCUUGUGAAUAGGAUUUUACAACUACUUUCAGAUGAACAAGUUCCCAAGUCACAGGUCUGGGGAAAGAAAAAUCCUUUCUGGAAAGAUGAAGUGGCUAAGAUAAUUGAUGAUACUUACAGAAAAAUGCAAGUUUCUGGUGCUACAGACUUAGCAUCCAAGAGUACUAGCACCACAGAUUUCAAUCAGGUAAAGCCUAAAGAGGAAAUUGAUGAUUAUUGUCUGGAAAUGAAGGUUCGCUGCCUCUGUGGGAGCUCACUAACUAGUGAUUCAAUCAUUCAGUGUGAAGAUCCUCGAUGUCGAGUGUGGCAGCACAUAGGAUGUGUUAUUAUGCCCGAGGGAACUUUAGAGGGUGCUUCACCUGAACUUCCUCCUCGCUUUUAUUGUGAAAUAUGCAGAAUCAAGAGGGCUGAUCCGUUCUGGAUAACGAUAGGGCAUCCAUUGCUUCCUAUAAAGUUGACAUCCUCUGGAGUCACUGCUGAUGGUACAAGCACAUCACAAAAUGUGGAAAGGACAUUUCAAUUGUCAAGAGCACAUAGAGAAUCGUUACAGAGAGCUGAAUAUGAUCUCCAGGUUUGGUGUCUACUACUCAAUGAUAAGGUUCCAUUUAGAAUGCAAUGGCCACAAUUUGCAGAGCUGCAAGUCAACGGAGAUGCAGUCCGAGUGGUUACGAGACAAGGGUCACAGUUGUUGGGUAUAAAUGGUCGGGAUGAUGGUCCUGUGGUCACCACAUGCAGCAAGGAAGGAAUUAACAAAAUUUGUUUAUCAUGGCAUGAUGCUCGAGUAUUCUGUCUUGGAAUCAGACUUGCAAAAAGGCGGUCAAUACAACAGGUUCUUGGUUUGGUUCCAAAGGAAGGAGAUGGUGAGCGCUUUGAAGAUGCUCUUGCUCGUGUUUGUCGCUGCAUUGGUGGUGGAGCUGCUACAGAAAAUGCUGACAGUGAUAGUGAUUUAGAAGUGGUAGCUAAUUCUGUCACAAUCAGUCUUCGUUGUCCUAUGAGUGGUUCUCGGAUGAGGAUAGCCGGCAGGUUUAAGCCUUGUGUUCAUAUGGGGUGCUUCGAUCUACAAACUUUCGUGGAACUUAAUCAGCGUUCUCGGAAGUGGCAAUGUCCUAUAUGUCUCAAGAACUAUUCCCUUGAAAACAUCAUUGUUGACCCAUAUUUCAAUUGCAUUACUUCCUUGUUGCAAAAUUGUGGAGAAGAUGUAAAUGAGAUUGAUGUGAAACCUGAUGGUUGUUGGCGUGUUAGGAAUGAAAAUGAAUUUAACGAUCUUUCUAAAUGGCAUAUGCCUGAUGGUUCCCUUUGUGUCAACACAUGUACAGAGGUGAAACCUGACUUGGAGAAACUAAAGCAGAUUAAGCAGGAAGAUACUUCAGAGGUGCAUAGAAGUUUGAAACUGAAGCGAAACCGGAAGGGAUUAUGGGAAUUUAGUAAACCUGACAGCACGAGUCUUCAAUCAUCUCAGAAUCAUGACUUCAACAAGCUUGAAGGUCAUUGUCAAAUCAUGCCUAUGAGCAGUAGUGCAUCUGGUAGUUAUAGAGAUGUGGAAGAUCUAAUUGUCAAUCAAGAGGCUGCAGGGUGUUCUGGUUUAUCUUUGAACCGUCGCCAUGAGCCUAGUUCUCCAGGUCUAAAUAUUGAGUCAACAUAUGCUGUUGGGAAUACAUUUCAUUCAUCACCACGGAAUAGUCCAGAUGUUAUUGUCCUCAGUGAUUCUGAUGAAGAUAAUCCGUCACUAAUUUCUCCUGAAACAACUUAUGAUACUCGUGCAAUUGUUGAUAGUGAAAUUCCUUUUCCCAGCCCUCCGAGAGGUUCAGAGGGAUUCCCUGAAUCCACUGCUCUUGGGAUGAGAACUUCUGGCUCCAUUUUGUUGGACAAUAAUACUGAUGACUUUGCCAUGCCACUAUGGCAUAUACAUGCGAGCCCUCAGGCAGGCCCUGGCUUCCAGCUAUUUGGAGCAAAUGCUGAAGUGCAAGAUCCUUUAGUUGAUUCAGAUAAUUCCCUUGGCUGUGUACUAACUGAUGUCUAUGGCUUAGCAUCCAAUGUUGGUUUAGGAGACACUUCAAGAAUGCAAAAUCGUUCUACUUGCCAUUCGAGUACUGAAUUACAUGAAAGCUUGGUUGAUAAUCCACUGCCGUUUUGCAGUGAUGAUCCAUCUCUGCAAAUUUUUCUUCCCAGUCAACCAACUGGAAUUCCUUUGCAGGAUGACUUGGAUGACCGCCCUGAAGUGCCAAAUGGGGUCACUUCUGAUGAUUGGAUAUCACUCACCCUUGCCGGUGGUGAUGGUGGAUCUGCCCCUUCUACUAGACCGAGGUCAGGGCAGCAACACACACCAAAGGAGAGUAGGAUGGAGCCAUUAGAUGGAGCUGCUUCUUUACUCCUGAGCAUGAAUGAUAAUAGAGCGGAUAAAGUAAAUUCAAAGAAUAAAAGGUCUGAUCAUCCUUUCUCACAUCCCCGGCAGCGACGGUCCGCUAGGCCUCGAUUGCAUCUGUCAAUAAAUACAGACUCUGAUUAAUCAUCUAAUGGAGAAUUAGCUCAUAGAAUUUUUCUUAAGACUAGGAGGUGGUUUUCCACCUUGGUGAUUGCAUGAUAUUCGAGGAUUCUUUUUCAAUCACAAAGCGAUUACUGGCUACAUUUAUCUUGCUGUGAGGCAGAAAAGUCAAUGUUCCUAAUCUCAGGGGCAAGUGGCUUGAAUAUGUCAGCAGAAAUCCCGAUCAUUGUUAAGCUUCCUGCCUGCUGACAUAAUGUGGUUGCAAGCAGCAAGUUGUACAAUGGGGUUCUGCGGCAGGCCAUUCCAAAGUUGUAAAGCCAAAGUAUGAUUGGUGUGCAUAUCGUACUCGAUUUGCUUGAUCUGGAUUUUUGUGCUUAUCAAUUCUGAUGAUGGCUAUUAAAAGAAUGCUGCAUUAGCUUUUAGAAAUUGCAGGACACAAAUGCCAAUUGAAUUGGUGGAAUGAAAGGCUUUAUGAUAGUUGGUCUUCCUGUACAUGUUGGGAUUUUCUCUACCUCAUCAGCAUAUAGAUUUGUAUAAUUCUGAUAUUCUCAAUAUAAUUCUUAUGUGCAAAGUCA